CGGGCCCGGACUGCGCGCGGACCCGGCUCUCAGGGCCUGAUCCUCCCCGGUUCCCACCGAGGCCAGGUGCACCCCUCGGCGCCGUGAGCCCGGGCUCGUAGUCGCGAAAAGAUGAUGACAACGAGCAGUCUCGCCGCCCUAGUCUGAGCUUCCGACCGCAGCUGCUUGCUCGCCCCCGACCCUGCGAUUGAACAGGUUCAGUGCGGAUAGCUGUAUGAACCCCAUAACGGUAAUUUCAAAGGGAAAAACCCCAGAAGGUUCUAAAAUUAAUUCCUUCACCCGAUUCUAAUCUGUAGCCUCAAAAAAAAAAAAAAAAAAAACCCAUUGUCAUCGAGUUGAUUCCGACUCAUAGCAACCUUCUAGGACAGAGUAGAACUGCCCCAUUGGGUCACCAAGAAACGGCUAGGGGAUUCGAACUGCCGACCUUUCGGUUAGCAGCCGAGCUCUUAACCACAGGCUUGCUUUUUACCGGUUGAGAGAUUCUGGCUUUCUGUUCCUGAGGUUAACUAGUACUUCCCCAGUUAAGCUUAUGCUGCUUUUAACCUCAUUUGUUCUUGGGACUUUUUAGGAACCUAGCUUUCCCAUUGAUUUCCCUGUUUCUCACCCUCAAAUCUUUGUCCUCAUUUUGGCUUCCAUAUUGUUGCACUCUAGGUUUUUUUUUUUUUUUAAUCUGCCCCUAAGUGUAGGUCCCAGGUGUCUCUGCUUAUUUUCCUUCUGGCUUAUUUUCUCAUCCUUGACCAUAUCUUCAGUUCCAUCACAUUGAACUGGCAUUCUUGAACUUCAGGUGCUGGCCUGGUGCCAGCAUAUUAAUGACUUGUGUGGACUCUAGACUCCACCUGUCAGAGAGAACUAGUUCUUAUGUCUCAUCCUCAUUUCAAAACUUGUUUUUCUUCCUGUGUUUCUGGGAAUCAUCCAGAUUUAAAGCCUUCAUCCAUUUAUUCAGCACACGUUUUUGUGCACCUAAUAUAUGCUGACAUGUUCUAGACACUGGGGGAUGGAAUGGUGAACAAGUAACCGAUUUUAGUUGGGGGGAGAGACACUAAACAAAUCAGUUAUCAAGAAGGUACCAGGUGGUGAUGUGAGGGAACGGCUACUUUGGUUAGGAGGUGUCAGCAGUAGCCUUUAGUUCCGGAAGGUUGCUGAAUACAAAAAUAACUUCUGUACAUCAGCAAUAACUAACUAGGAAUUUUAAUAGUAGCCAAAGAUACUAUUCAUAACAGAAGUCAAAACUGAAGGUAUUUAGAAAUUGAUCAAACUAAAGCUGGUUGGUGCUUUAGGAAGAGAAAAAUAUAAUUGUUAAAAGGCAUAAAAGACCCAAAUAAAUGGAGAGUUAUACCAUAUUCAUGGAUGUGAAGACUCAGUAUUAUAAAGAUGGCAGUUUUCCUCAAUUUUGUGCAAUUCCAAUUAAAAUUGCUUUAUGGUUUUCCAUGAAACUUGUAAGGUUGAACCUGAAAUUCAUAAGCAAAGGACCAAGAAUAGUGAAGCCAGUUUUGAAAAAGAAGAAAUUGGUCUCUCCCUACCACAUAUGAAAACUUAGUAUAAGGCUAUAAAAAUUAAGACAGUAUGGUGUUGGUUCAAGGAUAGAAAAGUAGACUGGCGGAACAGAAUAGAGAGCCCAGAAACAUACCUAUGUCGCUAUGAGUCAAAAUGGACUCUGGCAAUGGAUCGGAGUACACCACUAAGGAGCCCUGAUGGCAUAAUGGUUAAGCAUUCAGCUGCUAACCAAAAGGUCGGCAGUUCGAAUCCACCAGCAGAUCCAGGAGAGAAAAGACCUGGUGAUCUUCUCCCCUAAAGAUUACAGCCUGGGAAACCCUAUGGGGCAGUUCUACCCUGUCACAUGGGGUCACUGUGAGUUGAAAAUCGAUUUGACGGCACCCAACAACAACACAUCUCAUAGGUAAGUAACCAUGGCCCAUUAAACAAGUGAAAAAAUCAGAAGCAAUAACCUUUACAAGUUUGUUGUUGUUAUGUACCGUCAAGUCGAUUUCAACUUGUAGAGACCCAUAUGACAGAUUAGAAUUACCCCAUAUAGUUUUCUAGGCUAUAAUCUUUACAGGUGCAGAUUGCCAGGCAUUUUUCCCAUGGAGCUGCUGGGUGAGUUUGAACUGCCAACCUUUCAGUUAGUAGCCGAGCACUUAACCUUUGUGCCACCAGGCUACUUGUUAAGUAGUUUGAUGUGAACAGGAUAGAAUCACAUCAACUAAGAAAAAUUUACAAGCUUUUUAUCUUGUGUUAUCACUGUAGGGUAUGGUUCAGAAUGAAAACCUUUAAGUGAUUAUAAUUUGUUUAUAUGAAGAAAAAUAAAGCAAAUGUGAAAAUAUUUGGGGCUGCUAAAACUGUUUUGGAAAUUAGAACCUGAUGAAAUUAUAAUAGUUAUUAGGAAGUGUCUAUUAAUGUAUGAUGUGUAUUCUGUAGGCCUUCACUGACAGUAUUAAUACGUAUCUUGCGUGACAGCAUUACUCCCUUUUUUUUUUUGAGUGGCUGAGUUUAAAUAUUUCUAUGUAUUUUUUUAUAUCGGGCUAUUUCUUUUCAUCUUUCAGAAAAUAGGAAAAACUGGUACAUUCGGAAUCUGUUGGAAGUAAAGGCCCAGUCUUACGGCUUCCCUCUGUUUUAAGCACGCACAGAAUGUUGUUAGGUGCCGUUGAGUCAGUUUUCGACUCAUAGCAACCCCAUGUGACAGAGUGGAACUGUCCCAUGCGUUUUUUAGGCUGUAGUCUUUACAGGAGCAGAUCACCAGGUCUUUUUCAUACAGAGCCACUGGGUGAAUUUGAAGCACCAGCCUUUUGGUUAGCAGCUAAGCACAUAACCAUUGCACUACCAGGGCUCAUUAUGUACAGAAUAAGGCCAAAACUAAGCCUAUUGCUGUUCAGUAGAUAGAUUCCAGCUUGUAGCGACCCUAUUGGACAGAGUAGAACUGCCCCAUAGGGUUUGCAAGGCAGUAAAUCUUUACAGAAGCGGACUGUCGCACAUUUCUCCCGCAGAGCAGCUGGUGGGUUCAAACCGUCGAUGUUUGGGUUAGCAGCUGAGCACUUAACCACUGUGCCACUAAAAGAGGGGGCAAAAUGAGGCCUAGGAAUUAACCGGACAGCUUUAUAGGACAUAGGGGCACAUGUGUAAGAAUUAUCUGCUAGAGAGCUUAGUGUCUGCUGGAUGAGAAUGGUGAUAUUUCAGUGAAGACCAAAAGGACGAGUAUGAAUUUGACAAGGAAAAGAGGCAGAGAGAAAAACAUUCACGAAGAAGGGGAGUGUCUGUGUCUCUGGGCCUACAAAUUUGAUUCCACAAAUAAAAAACCUCUAGUGGCUAUUUCUUAAGUGUACACCAAAUGAUUUCCCCCCAUUUUCCGUAAACCUGCCAAAGGUUUUCUGUAUGUUCAACCAAAGGACCAUUUCUCACUGGAGACUCUCAAGGCACCUUUUCCUUUACAGCAAAAAGAAAAAAGUCUCAUUAUCCAAAGAUAAAUGGAUAUGGUUCUAGAAUGCUGGGUUGUUCUAGAAGCCAUUGCAUCACACUAGAUUAUCUUUACUCAGUUGAUGAAUUAGUUGGGCGACGGUUCUCUUUCUUUGACACUAUGCCAACGAUUAAGUUUCAAAAAAAUUUAACUAUGUUGGGUACCAUCCUGAGGGAGCUAGACAACAACUAAAUACAGUGAAACUUGUGAGAGCCGGAACUCGGUGGAACUGCAUUGUUUUUACGGGCCUCACAAGUCUUCAGUCUUUGACAGGGCACAGUCACCACUUUUCUCUUGAACCUUUUAGUGGGAAAUACCUGACUUUUCCUUCUCUUGACAGGUUUUUGCCUUACAUAGGUUCCGUCUUUUGCAGGUUUUACUGUAUGUCCAUGGGUCCUAAGUAUAUCUUCCACUCAGACAGAGCUUCUCAUUUCUGUAGCGCCUCUUUUUAUCAAACUUAUGCAGAAUGUCCCUGGCUGCUUGUUGUGUAGCCUGUGGCAGAAGGAUGGCAACGUCUCCUCCCUCGCUGAAGAGCAGCACCUACUGGCGAGAGCUCCGAAAUAUUAUAAAGUUUACUGGCUCCCUUAUUCUAGGAGGUUCUUUAUUUUUUACAUAUGAAGUUCUGGCCCUGAAGAAGUCCUUGACACUAGAUACUCAAGUGGUAGAAAAAGAAAAAACAAAGUCAUAUAUAUACGUCAAUACAGUGUCUUUAGAUAACAGAGAAAAUCAUGGAAUCACCUACCAGGCAAGAAAAGAACUUCACAAAGCAGUGAGGAAGGUAUUGGCAACAUCAGCCAAGAUAUUACGGAGUCCAUUUGCUGACACCUUUAGCACAGUGGACGUGGAAGACCACGAGUGUGCCAUCUGGCUGCUCCUGAGGAACAGUAUGUCGGGUGAUAAGGCAGCACGGCUGCAGGCCGUGAAGGAAAUGUCACAGGCCCACCACUGGCACGAUUACCAAUAUAGGAUAAUCGCUCAAGCUUGUGAUAUGAGAACUCUGAUUGGUUUGGCACGAAGCAAAGAGAGUGAUCUUCGCUUUUUUCUCCCACCACCUCCUUUGCCAUCCUUAAAAGAAGAUUCCUCCAUCGAAGAGGAGCUCAGGCAGUUGCUGGCUUCUUUGCCGCAAACAGAGGUGGAUGAAUGUAUCCAGUAUUUUACGUCUCUGGCUCUGAGCGAAAGCAGUCAGAGCCUGGCUGCUCAGAAGGGUGGCCUAUGGUGUUUCGGAGGAAAUGGACUUCCUUACGCUGAAAGUUUUGGAAAAGUUCCUUCAGCUACAGUAGAAAUGUUCUGUUUAGAAGCUAUAGUAAAACACUCUGAGAUACCCUCACACUGUGAUAAGAUCGAGGCAAACGGAGGCCUGCAACUGCUUCAGAGGCUGUACCAGCUCUACAGGGACUGCCCCAAAGUGCAGAGAAAUAUAAUGCGUGUCGUUGGGAAUAUGGCUCUGAACGAACAUCUUCACCCUGCGAUAGUUCGCUCAGGCUGGGUUUCCCUGAUGGCAGAAGCAAUGAAAUCUCAGCACAUUAUGGAGGCCUCACACGCUGCCAGGACCCUGGCUAACCUGGACCGAGAAACUGUGCAGGAAAAGUACCAGGACGGGGUAUAUGUGCUGCAUCCCCAGUGCCGCACCAGUCAGCCCAUUAAAGCCGAUGUCCUUUUUAUUCAUGGCCUUAUGGGAGCAGCCUUCAGAACAUGGCGCCAGCAGGACCUUGAUCAGGUUCUGAUGGAAAAGGCUUCAGAGGGUGAAGACAGGUAUACCACCUGUUGGCCUAAGACAUGGUUAGCAAGAGACUGUCCUGCUCUCCGCAUUAUAUCUGUGGAGUACGACACCAGCCUCAGUGACUGGCGAGCAAGGUGCCCCAUGGAAAGAAAGUCUAUUGCAUUCAGAAGCAGUGAGCUCCUCAGGAAGCUCCGAGCGGCUGGCGUUGGGGACAGGCCCAUGAUCUGGGUGUCACACAGCAUGGGGGGUCUUCUUGUCAAAAAGAUGCUGGUGGAAGCCUCUAAGAAGCCAGAAAUGAGUACUCUUAUAAACAAUACCAGAGGAAUGAUUUUCUACAGUGUCCCUCAUCACGGGUCCCGUCUGGCUGAAUACUCAGUUAACUACCGCUAUCUUCUCUUUCCCUCCUUGGAAGUCAAAGAGCUCAGCAAGGAUUCCCCUGCCCUUAAAGCACUACAGGAUGACUUUCUGGAGUUUGCUAAAGACAAGAACUUCCAGGUGCUGAAUUUCGUAGAAACACUACCAACCUAUGUCGGCAGCAUGAUUAAACUCCACGUGGUACCAGUGGAAUCAGCAGAUUUAGGCAUUGGAGAUCUGAUCCCCGUGGAUGUUAACCAUUUAAACAUUUGUAAGCCAAAGACAAAGGAUGCUUUUCUGUACCAACGCACUUUACAAUUCAUCCAUGAAACUUUAGCCAAAGACCUUGAAAACUAACCAUUGUCCUGGUCCAUUUUUCACAUGUGAACACAAUGCAAGAAACUUGGUGUUCUCAUUCUCUUUUAAGCUCAAGCAACCGUGCAAACAUAGUGAUUAUGACAUUAACGUAGUCUGGAAUAUGCUGCAGGCAAGAGAACAUUUUCCUCAGUCCGGAAACCAGGAAGCGCAAUCACAGACGGAAGUGACUGAAGAAUGAAAGGCCUGGACUCCUUCCACGUAGAAGAGAUUCCCUGGGCACCACUGUUGGUGGUUGCAGUGUGGUGCCUCGUGGCAGAGGGCAGAGUUGCUGUGGAUGGAGAAGAACCUCUUCCUGGUGAGCAGCUCCCAGCUCACUCCAGGAGGCACACAGGCUCAGGGGGAGAGCCGACUUCAGCUUCGCUUCUCAGAAAAAUGCCACCUGGAGGGUGCCGCACACGGUGGAGAGAAGACUGAACCAGAGCGGAGAUGACUGUUUUGUUCUGGGUAUCUGCGUGCUGUAAAUUUUUAAAAACUCAUCUGUGUAAGUCUUUGUCUAGCGCGUCACCACAGUGUCAACUUUAUUCAACCUGCCCACCAUGCACGAAUCAGCUCGUGUUUCUCUUCGUAUUGCUGAGAGCAAACCUUUUGCUUAAAAAACAAAAUUCAAGCUUAUAUUCAUUCUUUCCAGACUCUAGGUACCUAUACUUACAGUUUGUCCCAGAUAAAGUAGCUAAAUCUACUAUUGAUCAGAGUAUGAAAUAAAACUAAGUCAUUAUGUAUAUUAGCCAUACUUAGUAUCAGGAUUCUCAGAUUUUCUUUGGUCAAAUAAAGUAUACCUUUCUUGCUCA